CUCUUAUCUUCAUUGACUCACAUUUCCCCUGCAAAGUCUCUCACCGAAAAUGUCUACCCUUUCAUCUUUCACCAUAUCCCCAACUUUCCUGCAAAACCCCACAAAUAGAAAUAGAAAUAGAAAUAGAAACAGAAAUCCCUCAAUUCAACUUCCAAACUUGUCUCUUAAACCACAAACAGCGCUCACCUUCUCACGACCCAGAGUAUGCUUAUCCACGAGAACGAAUGCCGUUGCGGAAGAAGAAACUUCAGUCUCUACAACGGACCCCUCUUCGGAAGCCGCCAGACGACUUUACAUUGGUAACAUUCCUCGCACACUAACACCCGAUGAGCUCCGUAAAAUCGUUGAAGAGCACGCCGCCGUCGAGAAGGCCGAGGUUAUGUAUGAUAAGUACUCGGGAAGGAGUCGUAGAUUUGGGUUUGUUACGAUGACGACAGUUGAGGAUGCAAGUGCUGCUGUUGAAAAGCUUAAUGGCACUGAAAUUGGAGGUCGUGAAAUCAAAGUAAACAUAACUGAAAAGCCAUUAUCUUCUGUGGGUUCAUCACUUCUCCAAUCGGAUGAUUCCAAAUUUGUUGACAGUCCUCACAAAGUUUAUGUUGGUAAUCUUGCAAAAAAUGUAACUUCAGAGUCGCUCAAGAACUUCUUUUCUGAGAAGGGGAAUGUUUUAAGUGCAAAGGUUUCCCGGGUUUCAGGGACCUCAAAGUCUAGUGGAUAUGGUUUUGUUUCAUUCUCUUCUGAAGAGGAUGUGGAAGCUGCAAUAUCAUCUCUAAACAAUGCGCUGCUUGACGGACAGAAGAUUCGUGUAAAUAAAGCAUAAAACAUAACACACCGUGCACUUAACCAAAUGCUAUGGAGAUUUGGUAUUUUUGUCCGAAGCAGAGUCAAUGAUCAAGCUGAGACAUUUAUAGGCUAUAGAAGGUUACGUCUUGAUUUGGUAUGCAAAGAGCUUCAACCUACUGAAUACUUCCAUGCAUUGUGAACAACACGUCUUUCUCAUGUCUAUGACUCUAUUCUAGCAUACUUCCAUUUGAAAAUGAUAUUGCAAUGAAGAAUAUGCAUUCUUGGCCACGCUUAUGUAGUUGCUUUGCUUAUUGGGCCGAAAUGAAAAUUGUUGUAAAUGAUCAUUUUCUGACAUUUGAUGUUGUGGCUAGAACUUUACCAUAUCACUUCUUACAAUUUCCGAUUUCAA